UUCACGGUUUGUUUAGUUUUCGACUCCUUAUCCAUUCUUGGUUUCUUGCAUUUUUUUCCCCCACACCUUACACUCAUAAAAAACACAAAUUCCUUGCAUAGGCGUUGGUUGGCCAAGAUUUUCUCUCAUCCCACGUUGUUGAUCUUCGUAAAUAGGAUUCAACACAAGGGGCAUUUUUCAACACUGCCCUCUAAACCCCUUCCACGCUAUCCAUCCAUAAUCAGCUUAGAGUGUGAGCACUGAAUAACCACCAUGGCCACGGCUCCUUCGCUUCUACACUCAUCCGGGUCCUCAUUUUUCGCUCAAUUUCGUGCAUUUCCAUUAUCUUCUUCCACUUCAGUGUUCCCUCAUGUAAAAAGGCAUGGGAAUGUGGUGGUGCCUGUGAGGGCCUCUGAUUCUGGGGUUGUGUUGGUGGAGAAAUCUGACGCAGAGAAGACCAAUAGGCUCAAAACAGCAUACACUGAGAAAAUAGUUCCCUUGCUCGUAGAAGAGUUUUCUUACACCAACAAGCACCAGGUGCCUAAAAUUGAGAAGAUUGUGGUUAACUGUGGUAUUGGAGACGCUGCACAAAAUUCCAAGGGUUUGGACGCGGCAAUAAGUGAUCUAGCAAUGAUCACUGGGCAGAGACCUGUGAAGACUCGGGCUAGGGCUUCUCUUGCCACAUUUAAGAUCAGGGAAGGUCAACCGCUUGGGAUUGCUGUAACACUAAGAGGAAACAUUAUGUACUCAUUCCUAGACCGAGUCAUCAACUUGGGACUUCCCAGAACAAGAGAUUUCCAAGGUGUGAACUCCAACAGCUUUGAUGGGCAUGGAAAUUACAGCAUUGGCGUAAAGGACCAGGGUGUGUUCCCAGAGAUCAGAGCUGAUGUUGUUGGCAAGCCUAGGGGAAUGGACAUCUGCAUCAACACAACGGCUAACACUGAUAAAGAAGCUCAAAGAUUAUUGGCUCUUAUGGGUAUGCCCUUCAGAGAGGGAAGUGGUUCUGUCGGGGCGGCCGGACGGAAAAAGAAGCUUAAGUCUCAUCAUUUUGAUUCAAAAAGGGGAGGAAGAGGAAGGAAGUGACAUAGUUUUGAUGCAAAAUCAUAGGACUAAAGUGAGGUUGGGAACCAGAAGAGACUGUGUUGUAUUCCUUGUUUCAUUCAGAUGUAAUGUUAAUAAGUUACUGAUUCUUUUUGUAUGAAGGAUUUUCAUGCUUUAAACUAAUGUCUCUGAAAGCUUGUGAUCA